UAUAUAUAUCAGAAUUUAAAAAAAAAACUGAGCAGUCUCACCCCUGCCGCACAAGCUCCUUGAUGAUGUGAAGAUACGCAGCCCAUGUGGAUUAGGAAAACCAGGCAAGAAAACAAACAGGACUGUGAAGCCCUCGUUGACAGGUGAAGGAUGAUUGUCCUCUGGAUCUUGGUGUGUUUGGCUUUUCCACAUCACGCUCUCUUUUCUGGUUUGGAUCAUUGUGAAGUUCAUGAAAGCAACAGCAAAAACAUGUCUCCUUUGCUGCAGUCCCUGCAAUGCCAUAACGACUACAUGUCCUUUGUGUAUUGUAAGUGGAAGGCACCAAAAGGCACGACACUGCAGGUCUGGUUGAAGAAAGUGGGCAGCAGAGAUAGCAGCAGUAAGCUGUGUGUGCCCUUUGAAGCCGAAAACAAGGAUGAGGAAGGAGUUGUCCAAUGCAGAUAUAAGACUCACUCGUUUGCUCAGGGCAUCAACCACGCUGUCUUCCUCAUAAACAACCAGACAACAAGUCUCUGCUCAUCUUCCCAGCACACGUCCCAGAAUCUUGUUCAGCACUUGAGAGCACGCCCGCCGAGGAAUCUGUACGUAUCUGAGGAGAGCGAUGGAAACCAAACGCUGCUGUGGUCCAGCCCAUAUCCGUCAUCUUCCUCGCUGAACAGAAACCUUACGUAUGAGCUCAGCUUCAGGAUGCAGGCGGAGGACCAGUGGACUACUGAGACUGUCGCCAACACAAGCAUUACCCUUCAGAGGCAGAGGCUGCUUCCAGGCUGUAAAUAUGAAGCCAGGGUGAGAAGCAGGGCGAGUCUUGGCCUGUGGAGCGAAUGGAGUCCUGUGGUGAUGUGGAAGACUAGAGAUGACUUCAGGCAGGUUCCCUCUUUGCACUGCAUUUUGGAUGCAGAAGACAAAGUGACGUGUAGCUGGGAGGUGAGCAGGGAGCUGGCUCAUAUCGUCACCUACCAGCUGACCUGUCGACACAACCUGACUACUCAGUUUAAGCAGUGUUGCACAGACCCAGUUGUGAGAUCUGACCCUGCAUUGACUGAAGUGAAUUACAGCUGCUCUCUUACUGAAGUAGACCUUGAACAUCUGCACCUGAGGCUCCUGCCAAUGCACAAUACGAAGACUUUUAUAGCCUACAAGCACAUCCGUCCCAACUUGGCAACGCUGGUCCAAGUAAAGGAGGAGAACGGUGACUGGGUGGUAUCGUGGUCUCCUCCAGCUCUACCUGCAGAUAUACCAGAUCUGCUAUACCAGGUUCGGUAUUAUAGGACAAAAGAUCAGGGAUCUUUUGUUCUGCUAAAUGUUUCCGGAUCCACCUUCGUUACCAUUCCAGGAACAUCCCUUAUCCCAUUGGAGGACUACGAGGUGAAAGUAAGGUCACUGGUCGACCCUGGAUCUGGUCAAACCUAUGAGGGAAUCCCCUCAGAAUGGUCUGAUCCUGCAAACUGGACCUCAAACAAAGCCAGCUGGACGGUCUCAUAUCUGAUUUAUUUCUUCAGUGGUGUGAUUGCAGCCGCAGCCUUUCUCACUCUUUACCACACCAUCCCAGCUUGCCAGAAGAAGGUCAUGUCAUGGGAAGACUCAGUUCCCUCUCCUGGCAAAAGCAAAGUCCUGUCUGAGAUCACGUCGUCACCUUCACCAAGCCUCAUGCAGAGUGAGAAGACCUCCAUCUGUAGCGUGCAGCACCUCGACAGCAUAUCAACCUGCUCAUCAGAGGCUUUGCUGUGGCCAACAAUGGGCACUGAGAAGAAGUGUAUGGAUAAGAGCGGGAGGUGCUGGAACUGUGAUUACCUUCCAAACCCUACUGAUAAGGUUAAAAGCUUGGAUGGAUCAUCUAUGAGUUUUAGUGGACCUUACAUCCUAUGUCAGGACGUAGGAUCCACAUCAGUUAAUGCCCAUCCAGCAAUGGUCAAUGAAACAUCAUCCAAUAAAGCUGCACCUUUCUUCCCUGCACCGUGCCUGCUUAAUGAUAAAGAUUACGUGUCCCUCCCUGGCCACUCACUCUCAAGGUCCACAGGAGAUCUCACGUCUCACAGUAACUCAGGCUCCAAAAUAUGCAGCACUCCUGAGCAGGACCAGCAGCGUCCUAACGCCACACUGCAGCCCGCUCAAUGUGAGAACCAGUCUGCCCUUCUGGAGCCCUCUGUGAUGAACCUACCAUCUGACUACACAUCAGGACCUUUCCCCUCAUGGCCUCAAGAGGGAACUAACUCUGGAUACUGCCAGCUCCCCUCUGUUAUUGCACAGUCAAAAUAA